AUGGAAAAAACAGGACAGGAAAAUCGAACACUGAUCACUACAUUCCUUCUUCUGGGAUUUGGAGAUCUGGAGGAUCAGUGGUUUCUUCCCUUCCUGCUCUUCUUGGUCAUCUACAUUGCUACAAUGGCUGGGAACAUCCUCAUCAUCAUGCUGGUUAUAAUUGACCACCACCUCCAUACUCCUAUGUACUUCUUCUUGGCUAACUUGUCAUGCUUAGAGUCCUGUUACAGCUCCAAUAUUCUUCCCUUAAUGCUGGCUAACCUUUCUAAAGGGGGUCAAGGCACCAUUUCUGUAACUGGCUGCAUGGUACAGUAUUACUUUUUUGGUUUCUUAGCAGUUUCUGAGUGCUACCUGCUUGCUGCAAUGUCGUAUGACAGGUAUGUGGCAAUUUGCAAUCCACUGCUCUAUGCAACACUUAUGAAUGGCCAUGUUUGCCUCCAGCUAAUAGCUGGAUCUUGGAUAAGCAGUUCUUUGGCUAUUAACAUAACCAUCUUUUUAAUGCACCAGUUACAGUUCUGUGGCUCUGGUGAAAUCAACCAUUUCUUCUGUGAUUUCAAUCCAAUAUUAAAGCUUUCAUGUGAUGAUACACACAUGAUUAAACUGUUAACAAUCUUCCUUGCUGCCCUGUGCUCCUUGCCUCCCUUCUUGUUGACUUUAGCCUCUUACAUUUCCAUCAUAUCAGUCAUUGUGAGAAUCCCAUCCACUACGGGAAGGAAAAAAGCCUUCUCUACUUGCUCUUCUCACCUCACUGUGGUGUCUCUCUUCUAUAGCACAAUAAUAAUUGUCUACAUGUUGCCCAAGACGGAGGCACUUCAAGAUCUAAACAAAGUCUUCUCUCUCUUCUAUACAGUUCUGACACCUUUCUUGAACCCCUUGAUAUAUUCCCUGAGAAACAAGGAGGUAGAGGAAGCUUUCAGAAAAGUUAUUGCUAGAUUGUGCGUGUUUCAGAGAACAAUAGAGCCUAAUUUUAUGCAUUCUCUUAUUUAA